AUGUCACUCACAGCAGGCAACCUCAGAAACAUCCCCACUUGUUACGCCAGUGUGUCCAUUGGGUGCAGAGAUGAACACACUCUUCCCAAGAAGCUAGAAGCAAUUUCCAAUGCAGGCUUCAUUGCCAUCGAGCUCGGUUUCCCAGACCUCCUGGCUUUUGCAUCAACCUAUAUGAAGAAAGAGGUCGGAGCAUAUGACUACGAUGAUCUCGUCGUCUCGGCCAAGGUUGUCAAGGCCAUGUGUGACGCAAAGAAACUGAAGGUCCUUAUUCUACAACCAUUUGCCAACUUUGAGGGCUGGCAAGAAGGCAGUGACGAGAGAAAGGAUGCUUUUACUCGUGCCGAAGGCUGGAUCAGGAUUAUGGAUGCCGUCGGAACAGACAUGCUGCAGGUCGGUUCCUCAGACACACCUGCCGAAAAGAUUGGCACCGACCGCAACCGCUUCGUCAGCGACCUGCAACAACUCGCCGAUAUGCUCGCAAAGAAGAACUUCCGCCUAGCUUAUGAGAACUGGUGCUGGUCGACCCACGCUCCCACGUGGAAAGACGUGUGGGACAUUGUACANAAGGUCGAUCGCCCCAACGUCGGUCUCUGCCUAGACACCUUCCAGUCUGCUGGCUACGAAUGGGCAGACCCCACUACCGAGUCAGGCCUGGUAGACAAGCCCAAGGAUCAACUCGAGAGGGACUGGAAAGAAUCGCUCGACGAACUCGCUCGCAUCGUCCCAGCAGACAAGAUCUUCUUCCUCCAAAUCAGCGACGCAUACAGACCCAAGCAGCCCUUCAGCAAAGAUGUCGAUGAGUCUGGUACCCGUCCGAGAGGUCGCUGGAGCCAUGACUUCAGACCUCUUCCCUUCCAAGGCUAUCUGCCUGUUGUUGACUUUACUCGAGCUGUCUUGAAGACAGGCUUCCGCGGCUACUUCUCGUACGAGGUAUUCGACGGGGGUGAGGAUGGCAAGGGCAAGGACUACGAGUUGCAGGACUUUGCGAACGAGGCAAUGGUUACUCAGUGGAAGCUCAUACAAGCUUGUACCGAAGCUUAG